AAACCCGAAUUUGACAUGCCAUUCCACAACUAUAUAUAAAUGCAUGUUUUAGAUACAUGUAGUUAAGAAGCACCAUCAUAAUAAUACCCUAGAGAUUUUGAGCCAAGUGUGUUGUUUCUGAGAGAGAAAGUUUUAAGUUGGAAGAGAAUGAAGGGGGUUUCAAUUGAAGUUGGAGAAGUCUCCAAGGAUGCAUCCCAAAGAAAAGGGGUGGCAAGAGGGUUGUCUAUAAUGGACUUUAUUUUGAGAAUUAUUACAGCUGUUGCAACACUGGGUAGUGCAUUGGCGAUGGGAACAACCAAUGAGACCCUUCCAUUUGCCACUCAAUUUAUAAAAUUCAGGGCUGAAUUUGAUGACCUUCCCUCUCUUGUGUUUUUUGUGAUGGGGAAUGCUGUUGUUUGUGGUUAUCUUGUGCUUUCACUUAUAAUAUCUGUCUUCCACAUAGUCAGAAGCGCUGCAGUGAAAAGUAGAAUUCUCCUUGUUGCUCUUGACACGGUAAUGCUGGGUCUGGUCACAGCUUCAGCCUCUGCAGCAACAUCCAUAGUGUACAUUGCACACAAUGGAAACACAGGUGCCAAUUGGUUUGCAAUCUGCCUACAAUACAACAACUUCUGUGAACGUAUUUCGGGUUCCCUCAUUGGCUCUUACAUUGCUGCUGCUCUCUUCAUAAUACUAAUCAUGCUAUCCGUAGUAGCAAUCUCUCGAAACUGAUGUGAUGUGUGCUCAUCCAAGUGUUUUAAUUUUACCCUUUAAUUUCUUCAUCAUAGUGUGCAUGAAAAUUUCCCUAGUUUGCAUUUCUCAUUUGGUGUCAAAGUGUGUACAAAUUUGGAAUGUUGAAUUUGUGGUUUCUAGGUGUACAUGUAAUCAAUGUGUUAUAGCAGAGCAUGAUUGAGAUUGAAGCUUCUCAUUUUA